AAGGGACCGGCAGCAGCAGUGGCAGGCAGGGAAUUGAGUUCUGGAUUGGGCUCUGGCCAGCGACCCAGGGCCCCCUUCUAGGCUGCAGCCUGCAGGAGCGUGGUCCUUUACCCGGAAACUCUACAAAAGCAACUCCCAGCAGAGGGAAUAUUAGCCUCAUAAAGAUGAAGGGAGAUGCUGCAUAUUCCACAGUGGGCUCACAGCAGAAGCAGGAGGGGAAGCUCUGGGACUCCAUGAAGACAACUGGCUUCAUACUGGGCACUAGCCUGUUGCUGUUUGCUGCCUUCAGGAACUCUGUCACCUGGCACUUGCAGAAGUUCUGGGGGGCUUCGGGCGAUUUCUGGCAGGCCCAAUGGGAGAAGGUGCUCCACUUGCUUGGCGGAAGUGAAUGGGCAAUUUUCUUUCUAGGCAUGGCCGUAGUUCCAAGCCUUGUUUACUGGUGCUUCAAUGGACUCCUGAUGGUGGCAGAUGUGACCGGAAAGCCAAAUUUCAUCACCCGUUACCGAAUUCAGUUGGGCAAAAACGACCCUGUGGACCCAGAGAAGCUGCGGCAGGCUGUUCACACGGUGCUGCUCAAUCAGGUUUUCAUCUCUCUCCCAAUGAUGAUGCUCAUGCUCCCCGUCAUGAAGUGGCGGGGACAGCCCUGCAGCAAGGAACUACCCACCUUUCACUGGUUCCUCCUAGAGCUGUCCAUCUUUAUCCCGGUGGAGGAAAUUCUCUUCUACUAUUCACACCGGCUUGUUCAUCACCCGCUUCUGUACAAGCGCAUACACAAGCAGCACCAUGAAUGGACAGCCCCCGUUGGUGUGGUCUCCCUCUAUGCUCAUCCGGUUGAGCACGUGUUUUCCAACAUGUUGCCUUCGCUGGUGGGUCAGAUAAUCCUGGGAUCCCAUGUUGCUUCCAUCAUGGUGUGGCUCUGCCUUGCUAUUCUGGCUACAUCCAUCUCGCACUGCGGCUACCACCUGCCUUUCCUCCCCUCGCCGGAAUUCCAUGACUUCCACCACCUCAAGUUCAAUCAGUGCUACGGAGUCCUGGGGGUGCUGGACCGCCUGCACGGAACAGACACGCUCUUCAAGCAAACCAAGGCCUACGAGAGGCACGUCAUCCUGCUGAGCCUCACCCCGCUCACGGAGACCAUUCCCGACUCGCCCAAGAAGGCCAAGUGAACCCCCCUUCCCCGUGGCUUGCGGCAUGCUCACAACAUGGGGACUCGAGAGCUUGGAAAGAUGAUUAUGCCAAAUAAUUUUCUAAUGAAAAGCAAGUUAUUGUUCAUCUUAAGUAUCAAAGACAAAGCGGAACCGUAACCCAUUGCCGGUGAGAUUUGCACUCACUUCCCUUCCGCCCCCACCAGCCCGGAGCGCAGAGCUCAGCUCCAGGCAGCAGCCCUACAGCUGGGUAGCUUCCUGAAGUGAGCGUAGGGUUUUCUUAGUCUCCUGGAUCAAGCUGCUCACAGACUGCCCCACGCAGGUUCCCACAGAAAUGGCUGCUGUUCGGAUCUCCAUUUCCUGCUUGAGGCUUUUGGGCCGAGGACAUCUCACCAGCAUUGCAUGGGGAGUCACAGGGGAAUUCACGAGCACUGCGCUCCAGACAUUCAGCCUGGCCUGAUCUCAUCCCAGCACUCUGGACCUGGGAGGAUCAACCUGAACACCCCAUGGAAACACACUUGUUGAUGCAACAUGGCCCUUCGUAACCACUUUGCCAGCACCAUCAGCUGAGAGCUCAGCUUCCCGCAGGAGUUAUUCCCCAUACCUGUGACAUAAGGGCUUCAAGCUUUAAACCAUCACUGAUAACAGCGAAGGUCAGGCAGAAACUACCCCCCCAUGGUACCGUGCUACGUUACUGGGAGCACUGAGUAGGUUUUAUUGUUUUAACAAUUAAUACGGAGGGUGAAACCAAAAUGCAAGUCACUAAAGGAACUCGUUAGCACAGCCAGUAUGGACUGACCACUCCAUCCCACCGACACUCACCUCACUUCCAGCACAGCAAAGCAGGCAGAGGGAAACCCCUAGGAUUGCAUAAAGUUAUACAUGAUGGAAGAGCUCCCCACUAUCACUGUUCUCCUGAGCUGUCUGGGAGGGAGAGCUUCAAAACCCUUAAGAAAAUGGCCUCCCAGUCAUAAAACCACUACACAAUUAAACACAACUGAAAGUAUCACAUGGUGCACUGGGAGUGAUGAGCGCUGAAAGUCAGGACUGAGGUGUGUUGGCAGAGCUGUAUGGGGGCCCGGGGCUGGAACAAGCAGCAAAGGAAGAGUGCACUGGGUUGAGACUAAGCAGUCCUACAAGAGCUCUUCUGCGGAGAGCUUGUAGAGUGCCUAGCUGCAGUGUACUGGUCAGGUGCCAUCAGUGUCUCAACUUCAGGAGUAUUCAUUCCACAUGAGAUGUGUCUGAUCUGUCGCUCAGACCCUUAGACCCCACAGAAUGACCGAGGAGAGAGAGUAAGGAAGGUUGCAGGCACAGGAGAGUCCAUACCACACUGUCUUUUGAGGUUUUUAUUUUUAUACAUUUUUUUUGUAUUAAAAAGGAAAAAGCAUAAUUACCACAAAUUACAAAGGACUAAAGCAUUACUAGAAUAAUGAAUCACAUCAGCCUAGAAAGCAGAUACUCUGAAUAAUAUUAAUGUUAUAAUACAAGCUCUCGUUCAAGUAUUUUACAUUUUUUUUGUUGUGGUUGUUUCUCUUUUCCUUUUAAAUGGGAUGAUGAUCCUAGCACACAAGUCAAGAUUAUGUACUAUCAACAGAUGGAUCCCAGAGUGGGUUAUAUUAACAAGAUUUUCCUCUCCCGUGAUAAGUCAUUUUAAAUUUGUCUCUACAAUAAAACGCAGCUGAAGAAGGUUGCAAAACA